AUGGGUCGCGAACUCCAAAAGAAGAAGCGCCGCUCUGGCCGCGCCGUCGUCCGCCAGUCCAACAAAACAAAGAAGAUUCUCAAUCCUCGCGGCAACUCCAUCAUCGCUAAGAACUGGGACAAGAAAGAAACACUCGCACAAAACUACCGCCGUCUAGGCCUCCUCGCUCGUUUAAAAACACCCACUGGCGGCACCGAGAAGCUGCUCUCCAAAUCGUCCUCACAAGAUGAAGCCGCCGCCGCCGCCGCCCUGCGCGCCGCUAAACCAGACCCUUUCGCCAUCUCAUCCAUUGCCGAAAUGGCCGUUCUUUCCGAAGCCAAAGUCGAGCGCGACUCAGAGGGAAAAAUUGUCCGCGUAAUCAGCCGAAAGGCCAACCCGCUAAACGACCCCCUCAACGAAGUUGAUACAGACUCCGAAGCAGAAGACGAGUACGCCAAUGCCGAGGAAUGGGGCGGCAUCAACGACGAUGGAGUCGGCACGACGGAUGUAGUCAAGUCACUCAUUGAGGAGGCCAAGAACCCGGCCGCGCCCAAGAUCAGAUACCAGAGCGAAGGAGAGAGGGAGUGGCUGGAGAAGCUGGUGGCCAAGCAUGGCGACGAUACGAGGGCGAUGGCGAGGGAUCUUAAGCUCAACCCGAUGCAGCAGACGGCGUCCAAUAUCGCUAAACGGCUUAAGAAGCUGAAGGCUUGA